GCUUUACCUAUUGACUUUGCAAGUUUUCUCAGGAGGUUGCACAGCAUAUUGGAAAUGGCGGAGGCUGCAAAGAACGCGUUGAAAGCCCUGAAGGACGUCCUUUAUCGUGUUGGUGUCAAAGAGCCGUGGAAGAUGACUGGCGUGCGCAGCUUGCCGGACUAUGAGCACUAUAUGCCAAUGGGCCUCGAGUACCGGAAAUUCGCACCCGGGACACAACCGGUGAAGGCUCGCGUUCCACACGAUUCUCCGAAGCUGGUCUAUGAUAUUAAGUACUUCGUUCGUGAUUAUCGCCGCAACAACAAGUACACAGCACGCACGGUGGAUAAGUCGCCCUUUGACUUUGAGAAGAUGUUUGCCAACGCACCCCUGAAGCCUGAGGAGCUUCCAUCCCACCACACCUCGCGCUCCACGCCGUCAAGUGUACAGCGGAGCACGGCCGCACCCUGCCCUGCUAACCUCUCACCGAGCACCGAAGCACACAUGCGGCCAGAGAGGUUUGCAAGAAAGGACAAGAAACGCCCCAAGCCAAGACCGCAUCAUAUACGGCACAGUGUACGGCACGACACUAAGGUGUCCGUCCACCGAAAGUACGCAGCUAUGAGGGCGUCACUACCAGAAACAAACUUCGUGAUGGCCCCCUCCCUGGACUGA